AUGGUAAGUAGAAUUCUAAAUGUUUUAUAAUUGCCAUGUUUAGGAUGCUUACAACGAAGACUCAAACUUUACAAAUGAUAAUUCGGUAACGGAGACAUCCGAAGAUUUAAAUGAAGACACUGAAGAAAGUAAUCAGAGUUCUGUGGAACCGAGACAACUCAGAAUUCGCAGAAAUCGAGAUGAAAGUGUGGAACCCAAGAAAAGAAAGAUUGAAAGACCAGGGAUGGUAAGAAUACGCGGACUUUCGUCUGUGAGGAAUGGUCGCUUUUUGUAGUCAUCAUUUUUUUAGAAUCAUGGAGAAAGUACUUCCAAUGACUCUCGCGAAGGGUCGUGCGAGCAAUCAGUGUGUUCACUGGAUGCAGAAUGCAGUGUCCAACUGUCGCCAAAUUGUACAAAUAUCAUCCCAUCUGAUGACAAAGUCUCUGUCACUUAUUUUCAUCUCAACAGUACUGAACACAUUUGUUAUCAAUGCUAUGAGGAAAUGGCCAGAACAGGAAGGAAAGAUAACCUAAAAUACAUUGAAUGGAAGAACAUGUGGCUGACUGAGAGUAGAUGUUCUCCCUCAUUAAGACUUUUUGCCAUGGAUUGCCUUCUAAAAUACUGGCUGCAAUGCAAGAAAUGUGGAAAGUUUAGAAGAGUUAAACAUGACGUAACCGACUGGGAAGUUGCGAAGAUCGAGGCCUUUGAGUGUAACCAAGUAGAUGAUAUCAGAGGAAAGGCAGAUCCAUGCAAAGUGCCGGAGAGCGAGGUACAGUUUAUUUUAUUUUUAUGUAGUUUUGGCUUAGAAAGUAAACGCGGCCAAAGAAUUGGAGUGGAUUCAAUCAGCUAGUGCCCCCACCUUCCUCCACAAUUCCCCGGCUCUUCAAUAUCUCCGAGAAGAGUAUUAUUGCGAUGAAGUGGGGAUGAGUCCGUCCCGAGCCAGGGAUGCCAAGCCUCCCAAGCCUCAGGCAUCUUUUAUGUUCCCCUUCAACAUCCCCAAUGCUGGUUCUGUCGCCUUUUGUGUACGUCCAGAUGGCAUGGAAUUUGAUGAAUUGGAAAGAUUCCCCGAGUUCUCAAUUGAAUGUAUGCCAUACCUGGCGCUACGCAAUUUGGUGGUAUCUUUGUGGGCUUUAAAUCCAUUUGUAAGUUUUGUUUAUAAUAAUUGUCAACUUGUAGGAGUUGUUGACCUACGAGAAGUGUUUGAAUCAUCUUGUUUGUCGAGGACUGGCCCGAGUUUGGUAUUCAGUACAGUUAAAGAAAGUUUUCAACUAUCUGUGCAUCAAGAACAUGAUCAAUUAUGGUAUCCUUACCUUCCCAAAGCAUAAAAUUCUUGGCGAUUACGUAACUCGGCCCCUCAAUGUCAUCGUAAUUGGUGCAGGCAUCAGUGGAUUGACAACGGCCCGACAAUUAACUCGAAAUGGAGCCAAUGUUACAGUACUCGAAGCCAUGGAUAGAAUAGGAGGAAGGAUGUAUGAUGACUAUUCUUUGGGAGUAGCUGUUGGAUGUGGAGCUCAAUUAAUCACCGGGAUCACAAACAGUCCGAUUGUGUUGUUAUGUGAGCAAAGUGGCGUCAAGUAUAAGUAAGUGCACUGACGAGUUUUGUCAUCUCGAAUUUAGAUCAUUGACAGAUGAUUGCCCAUUGGUUGAUGCCGGAACAGGCAGCACGGUGAAUCCAAGUGCCGACCGAAUUGUGGAUGAGCACUUUAAUUGUAUUCUAGAUGCCGUUGGAGAAUGGAGGAAGGUGACGAGAAAGGCAGACACCAGUCUGGCCGAUCGUGUCGACACCUUCCAUCAGAAAUUCCUUUCGGCUCUCCCCUUUGAAUGGUCCUCUGAAUACGAUCGUCUUUUACAAUGGCAGAUUGGAAAUGUGGAAUUCUCUUGCGGAGCCGCUUUAUCCAAGGUCUCCGCUAGAAAUUGGGAUCAAAAUGAGGCUGUGGGGCAAUUUGCCGGGGACCACGCCCUUUUGAACGAAGGAUCCAAGAAGUUCAUCGCUGAAUUGGCCGACUGUCUUGAUGUGAGACUUGGCCAUAAGGUCGUAAAAAUCGACCACAGUAAACGGCAAGUUGCAGUGAUGUUAGAGGAUGGGGAGGAACUGAGAGCAGAUAAGGUGGUGGUCUGCUUGCCUCUGGCUGUUUAUCAGCAAAACUCUGUCAAAUUCCAACCAGCCAUGCCUCAGGAAAAAUUGGGGUGUCUUAAAAAAUUGGGUGCUGGUCUGAUAGAGAAGGUGGCCGUCAGAUUCCCUACCAGGUUCUGGAACGGACUUCUGAAGAAGGAUGGGACUCUCGAUUAUUUCGGAAAUGUCCCUAAAGGCAUCAAGUACAGGGGAAUGUUCAACAUGUUCUACGACUUUUCAUCGAAGGUGAGAGUUAAGAUUACGGUAGUAUAGAAAACUUACCAUGAAAUUUAAUUCGAAGAGCCUUGUUUCAGGUGGGAAAUGAAGACUGUUAUGUACUGAUGUCUUAUGUUUGCGGAGAUUCCGUGGACAUUGUAAACAGACAUUCAGACGAAGAAGUUGUGGCCAUCUUCGUGGACGCGUUACAAUCAUUAUUCCCAAAUGAAGUAAGCACUCAUUUUAACUUUAUAUAAGUUGCCAUUUUUAGGAUAUUCCAAAACCAAUGGGGCAUGUUGUAACUCAUUGGGGUAAGGAUCCAAACAUCGGGAUGUCUUAUAGCUAUGUGAAAGUAAACGGAUCAGGAGAAGAUUAUGACCUCAUGGCUGCUCCAAUCGGCAAGAAACUUUACUUUGCGGGCGAAUGCACUAAUCGAUUCUUCCCCCAGACGAUGACUGGUGCUUAUGUUUCCGGCCUUCGCGAGGCCAGCCGAAUCCUGGAGCACUGGAUCUCCGAGAAUUCCAGAUCUCAUUAA